AUUUUAUUGUAAAUUAAGACGUAUUUAUGGGUUAAAAUGGAUUACGACUUCAAAACAAAGCUGGCGGCGGAGAGAGAGAGAGUAGAAGAUCUGUUCGAAUAUGAAGGUUGCAAAGUGGGUCGAGGCACCUACGGGCACGUUUAUAAAGCUAAGCGCAAAGACGGGAAAGAUGAGAAGGAGUACGCACUGAAACAAAUAGAAGGCACUGGAAUAUCGAUGUCUGCCUGUAGGGAGAUCGCUCUGUUACGAGAACUGAAACACCCGAAUGUGAUCGCCCUGCAGAAAGUGUUCCUGUCCCACAGCGACAGGAAGGUCUGGCUGCUCUUUGAUUACGCCGAACACGACCUCUGGCACAUCAUCAAGUUCCACCGAGCCUCCAAGGCCAACAAGAAGCCCAUGCAGCUGCCCCGCGGGAUGGUGAAGUCUCUCUUGUAUCAGAUUCUGGAUGGGAUCCAUUACCUCCAUGCCAACUGGGUGCUCCACAGGGAUCUGAAACCAGCCAACAUCCUGGUGAUGGGGGAGGGUCCUGAACGAGGAAGGGUUAAAAUCGCUGACAUGGGUUUUGCAAGACUUUUCAACUCUCCCCUGAAGCCGCUGGCGGACCUGGACCCUGUGGUGGUGACGUUCUGGUACCGGGCCCCCGAGCUGCUGCUGGGGGCCCGGCACUACACCAAAGCUAUAGAUAUCUGGGCCAUCGGCUGCAUCUUUGCGGAGCUGCUAACGUCCGAGCCCAUCUUUCACUGUCGCCAGGAAGACAUCAAGACCAGUAACCCGUUCCAUCACGACCAGCUGGACAGGAUAUUCAGUGUCAUGGGUUUCCCUGCAGAUAAGGACUGGGAAGACAUCAGGAAGAUGCCCGAGUACCCAACGCUGCAGAAAGACUUCAGGAGGACAACGUAUGCAAACAGCAGCUUAAUCAAAUACAUGGAGAAGCAUAAGGUCAAACCAGACAGCAAAGUUUUCCUGUUGCUGCAGAAGCUCCUCACCAUGGACCCCACCAAGAGAAUCACGUCGGAGCAGGCCCUGCAGGACCCGUACUUCCUGGAGGAGCCGCUACCAACCACUGAUGUGUUUGCUGGGUGUCAGAUCCCCUACCCAAAACGAGAGUUCCUAAAUGAAGACGAGCCAGAGGAGAAAACAGAAAAGAACCAGACCCAGCAGCACCAGCAGACAGCAGGUCAGACUCAGAACCAGAACCAGCAGCAGGCGGCCCAGCAGGCCCCGGCCCAGCAGAACCUGGCCCAGACCAACGGCACUGCUGGGGCCACAGGGGCCACCGCUGGAGGGGGUCUACAGCACGGCCAGGACCAGGGGCCCCCCAACAAGAAACCUCGGAUUGGGCCCUCUGGGGCCUCCUCAGGCACUGGGGUGCUACAGUCAGAGUACCAGCACUCCAGCUCCCGCCUUGGUUACCAAAGCAACGUCCAAGGUUCCACUCAGCCCCAGAGCACCAUGGGAUACUCGUCAUCGUCCCAGCAGAGCUCCCAGUACUCCCACCAGACCCACCGCUACUGAGGCCCCCCGUCACUCCUGAACCAGCAGAGGAGCAGCUCCUCAUCAGCCUCAGCAGCUCCUGGUGGGACUCCCCUACGUCAUUCCAACCCCACCACCCUCUUUAUGACCCUCCCUCACCUUUGACCUCUCCUGACAGCCUUCACUGGCACUGAAACAUGAAGGCAAACAUAGGAACCAAAACAAUGUAACGGAAGUCGGGCCUCGUCGGCAGGUCAACUGAGAAUAAUGUAAGAAAGAUGUGAAGGCGUGACACAGACUCCGAACCAUGGCACUUAGAAACACAAUGUUCCUCACCAGGAAGAACCGCAGCUGUUUAUAUAUGUACAUGAUAUAGCACCUUUUUCUAUUGCAUUUGUUUUCUCACUUAUUUGCUAGAGUUUUCAAGUUUACCUUGAUAGUUGAUGUCAUUGUAAAUAUCGUUGCAUAUGGAAGUGAUGGGACGAGAGGAAACACAGGAGCCCUUUACUGUCAUCUCUAGUGUCACAUCACCUCGAUAAUCAGAAGAAAAGUUUGAGCUAACUGUCCUUUUCAGAAAAACAUGUUUCUACACAGAGAAAAAAAUCAGCACUUUAGCUGAUGCAGUUGCAGGGAAAUAUUAAAUGCGCAAUUUAACUUAAUCUUCUUAUGAUAGGAUUUCUAUAUUUAGACCUCUCUUUAUCUAGAUUUGGAUUUGGAAACUAAGAAAAGCAGUAGUCUUUGUUGUGUGUCUUCUGAUUCGCUCCACUAGAUAAGAAACAUUUGACAGCUGAGCUUUGUUUCCUCCAACCACGAUGGCGACUUUAACGCGGUUGGACGCCUCUCGUUUGUGGCCGGCAGCUCCAGACUGUUUUCCUGUCCAGGAGCUGCCGGUGGACACUUUACUCUGACAGCCGACUUAUUAUUAUGUUCUCUCAAGACUUUUAAGGUUUCUGAACAUGAACGUGCGCAAAACCGUACAGGGCAGCUAACAGUACGCCCCCAUGCUUCUGAGACUGUUACUGCCUGAUGUCAGAUUGUUUUUUUAAAGUUUUAAUGUUAUGAUUUUUGCCCUGUGUGUGAGUGUGUGUGUGUGUGAGUGUGUGUGUGUGUGUGUGUACAGUAUGUUUUUUAUGCAUGGUGUUUAUCCUUUUACGUACUAGAACUGCACUGACCGCUGAGCUGAUCUGCAAAGCGCUGGAACAAAUGUGUGUUUGGUCCCCGUCCUGUCCCACCUGCAGCCUGCGGUGCAUUCAAAGACAGUAGGUGCGUUCUGCGGUGCAUUCAAAGACAGUAGGUGCAGCCUGCGGUGCAUUCAAAGACAGUAGGUGCGUUCUGUGAUACAUGCCAAGGAGGCAGGAGCAACAGAAACAAAGUACUGAAGUAAAUGUGCAAAUAGUAUUAUUUACUAUCUGGCAUACAGUACAAUCACCUCCCUGUAUGAAUCCUAAUCAAUCUAAGAUAAAACCCUCAAAGAUAAUCAGAAGUGCUGCACUUAAAGGAAUAGCUUGACAUUUCUGGAAAUACACUUCUUAUAAUGUUUGUAUGCUUAAGAUGGUUAGCUUAUCCUAGCAUAGAUGCCAGCUGUUUGCCUGUUCCCAGUAUCUCUAUGCUAUGCUACUUAAUACUUCUACUCUAGAUUUUUUUAAAUAGAAAACAUGAUGCAUUUAUGCCUGCAAAAACUCCUCAUCAAGCUAGAAUUGAGACCUGACUAAUAUAAUAAAAAAAACAACAAACAACCAAACAAAAAAUAAUAAUUCAGGCUUCAUUUACUAAAGUUUUAUUUGAUAGAUUUCUAAUGCAGGGACCCACUUUAUAUGUUGUCAGACUGGUUCAUUUGAAUACUGCACUAACAGUUUGUUUUACGUGUUUUUUAGGAAAUCUCGGCUUUUAGGAGCCAGAAUUGUAUUUUUAAGAUGUUAAGAGUGCUUUUGUACUGUUUAAUAUUGAACCGUCGACAGUAUAUAAAGUAGGUGAAAUUAGCUGCAUCUCAAAACAGCAAUAUAUUGUAUUAUAUAUUAUAUUUCAGUAACACUUUACAAUAACCAACUAAAUAAUGUUUAUAGAUGGUUUACAAACCAAUUAUUAACCAUUUACAAAGUGCUAUACAUAUUUAAUCGUUAAAUGUUUUCAACCAAUUUCUUAAAGGUUUAUGAAUUAUUUCAAAAUCAUUAACAUACUUAAUAUGGUGUUAAAAAUGUUAUAAUGACUAUUAAUAAACUAUUAAUUAUAAUUUAAUU